AUGUUACAUGAUAUUCUAUUGGCUUUAACAGGAUAUGAGGGUAAUGCAAUUGAUAUACAGCCUUGUGAAUUUAGUUACAAUGGAAUUGCACUAUAUAGUUACCGUUAUAAAAUGACUCUGAAAAAAUACCUUAGUGAACAUUUGACAACAACGGAAAUUUCAUUAAUAGAGAGGAUUUUACUUAUUGCUAGUGAUAUAUAUUCUAUUAAUAAAUUUUUGGAAAUUACACAAAGUUGCAUAUAUAUAGAUAGUAGUCAUAUAAAUAUUCAUCAAGACAAUUGCAAUAAAAACAAAUCAAUUAUAAGAAGACGACUCGUGAAAAUAAAUCCAGUAGGUCUAUAUAUUCAAGGAAUUUCUAAGUGUAUUCAGCAAUAUAUGCUAAAAUAUUUAAAUUGUAUUAGUCAAUUAGAACGGGAAAUUUUUUUGUCACCAAAUUUACCAUUAUCUUAUAUAUUAUCAUACCUGACAAGGCCAUCACGUUUAAUAACUAUAAUUAUGAAUUUUAUAGAUCAAUGGUAUAACUUAUGUUUAGUAAGUAGGCCUGAUGAUACAAAUAACCCAUUUUCAUUUUCUUCAAUUUCAUCAUCUAAAUUAUCAGUAACAUAUAAUUCAUGUAAUUUGUAUAUUAGUGUUCCUAUGGGUAGUAUUUUGGAUAUUUUAUAUGAGGGAAGUUGUAGUGGUGAUCAAUUAGAGGAAAAUGUCUACAGGAAUUUUUUACUAGUUUGUAGUAGGGUAUUUUGUUAUCAAGUUAUAAAUUGGAUAACCUUAGGCCAAUUGGUAGACCCUUUUGAAGAAUUCUUUAUAGGUAGAUUUUCUAUCCCUAAUAUAGGUGGAUCGUUUGAAUACAUUACUACUCAAGAUAACAAUUCUAAUCAUGAAAUAAAUAAUUUAAUGAAAUCUACUUUGGAAGGUAUUUAUAUGCAAGAUAUAUAUCCAUCAUUUUAUCUUCCUAAUGACAGUUGUAUUGAGUUAUAUGGUGAAUUUUCAAAUGAGUUAGAGAAUGAAGCAGAUAUUAUUCAUGGUGCAAAAUUUGAAUGGGAAGGUCUCUUUUAUAUUAGGCAUGAAUCAUUAACUAAAAAAUUCUUGAAACCGAAGUUAUUAUUAAAGAUUUUUGGUACUGGAAAGAUUAUUCGCUCCUUGAUAAAAAGUCGAUAUUUUACAAGGAAUAAAGAAGAAUUUAUAGAUAAAAAUCAGUUAAUAGAAAAUCUUAUAGAUGCCUUAAAUUCAUCUUUCCCUCAUAUUCAGGAUAAUAUUGAAAACACUAUUGAGAAAUUUAGAGAAUAUACAUCUUCUUUGUUAUAUCAGUCUGCAAUGAACGUAGAAGGUAAUAUCUCAAAAGAUGUGAAUUCUCCUAUUUCAAUUUCUUUAAUUGAAUACUGCAAAAUAAUUAGAGACAAAUAUUUAUUAGGUAAUGAAGACUUAUAUGUUUUAUUAAGUGAUGGGAUUUAUGAAAAAUUGGGGCAAUGGUUUCUAUCUGAACUUAGUCCAAGAGAACAAGAAGAAUGGAUUGAAACCAUCUGGAGAAAAUCUGUUCUGAACAUAAAUGAUAAAGAUAACACUUCAGAUAUAAAUAUAAUGAUAACAUGUGAUACAUUUGAUCUUUUUAAUUGCAAUGAUAGUAUAGAAAAUACUAUUGAUAAGGAAAUUGAAUAUAUUAAUUGCCUCUAUACAGAUUUACCAUCCAUUAUUUUAUUAGAUAAUAAAUUGAAACUAGAAUCAAAUGUUUCAAGUAAUUCACCAAUAAAUAAAGUACUUGAUAAAUCAAAAGAAAUUAUUUGUGAAGUUAAUGAAUUAUCACAAGAACAACAUGAAAAAUUAAGUUUGAAUUUAAAUAAUGGGAGUUCAAAUAAUAAAAUUUCAUAUAAACCCACAAACAUUUAUACUUCAAUCUGCUCAACAAAGUGGCCAGUAAGAAUAAUCGAUGGUUUUAAUCAUUUAUUGGAAUGUAUAUCAUCUUUAGAUGUACCAAUAUCCUUGAUAUUUACCCCAAACUCAAAAGUUUCUAACUUUUCAGAUUUACAGUAUAAUUCAAAUAAGAUAGACAAUGAAUUUCUAAAAUUCACAUGGUUUAUUAAGAUCAAUAUUGAAAAAAACAUUUUGGAAUUCACUAUAAAGGCAUAUUGGUAUACUAAAAAUAAUCUAAAAGAUAUUUUAAAUAAUAAUAAUAAUGAAGUUAUUUUAAAAUCUAAUAAGUUUGUAUUUAGCAUACCGUAUUGCUUUCCAAAAGAAGCUGAUGAAAAAGAGGAUAAAUUGAAUUUAUAUAGAGAUUUACUUUUAUCCUAUAAAUUGAGGAUUAUUUGUAAGAAAUCAACAUUUUCAAUAUUUCUAGAGCCUUGUAAGAUUCCAUCUAAAUAUAAACAUAAUAUAGUAACAUUCAUAAAUAGACCAACUCAAAUUAUGUUAAUACAGCAUUUAAAUCUUGGUAUUUGUUUACCUUUAAAAGCAUCAUCAGUUUUUAUACAUAUAAUGAGACAUAUAAAUACUGAUAAAGAUAAACAGCAGAAUUAUUUAAAAAAAGAGGAAAAAAAACCUCAAGAUUUACAAGAUAUUAAAGGACCUAUAAUUUCAAAUGAUCUUUAUAAAUUCGAAAUAAUAAAAUGGUGCCAUAUUAGCGUUAAUAAUAAUGAUAUAAUUUCAAGUAUUUUACAAUAUAUUGAUCAACUCUCUUAUCUAGCUGAUAAUAAACCCCUAAAUAUUUAUUAUAGUGGUAUAAGUUACUAUAAUCAUAUAUUUCGUAUUAGAUUAACCCAAAAUUUGAAAUGGCCCUUACCUAUAUUAUUUACAAACAAAAAUAUGGAAAUAUAUUAUAAUAUAUUUGAUUUCUUAUGGUUGCUACAUAUGACAUUUAAUUCUUUAUUAAAAGUUUGGACUGAAUCUUUUAAUUUACGAUAUAGUAAUAGAAGGCAAGGAGCUAUACUUGCAAUAUGUGGUAAGUAUUCAUAUCAAUUUACUAAUUGGAAUCAACAUUGGGAUUAUAUCUUCUAUUCAAGAUGGAUAUUACAAAAUAUAAUUGGAGAAAUCUAUAGAUUUAUUCAUUCUAGUGUCAUCAACCAAUGUUUCGACGAUUUUUUAAAUAAUUUAGAACAAGUAAGAGAUUUUGAAUUCGUUAGAAAUAAACACGAUGAACUCAUACAAGAUUUACUACUAAAAUGUGCACUUUUAUUACCCUCUAUAAUUAAUCCACUUGGAACUAUUCUUGUUCUAACAAACGAGUGGUGUCAUAAUACUAUUAUAGAACUCUCAAGAUGGAAUCAUACUUUUGAUAGUGAUAUUCAUAUUGAAUAUUCUAAUGUAAAUAAUAUACAAAUACCUUGGAAAUCUGAACAAUGGUUUCAUUUUAUUAAUGACACUUAUAAAUUUAUGAAAUCGUUUUGCCUUAUCUGGAAUGAUUUAUGUUCUGAACUCUCAGUUGUAUCUCAAAGUAUCCAAUAUCAACACUUUGCAUAUUUAAUAUCCUCAUUUAAUUAUAAUCAAUGGUCUGUAAUUGUACCCUUCUUCAAUAAUGAUGAACCCUCAUAUUUAUAUGAUAAAAUUCAAAUGUCUAACUCACUUGAAUCAAACUCUGACGAAAGAUUAUCAUGGAUUGACGAUGAUGAUGAUUUUAAUGAUGAAUAUAGCUAUAUAGAUGAACAUUAUAAGCAAGAAUGGCAAUAUAAUGAAUCUUUACAAAAUGAGCAAAAUAUUUAUGAAUAUAAUAUUGAAAAUGAGAAGUUUCAAUAUUCUCUAAAUAAUCAUAAUAGUUCUACAAAUUUAAAUACUUUCUCAAAUAGGAAAUAUAAUGUGAGUGAAUUAGAAAACACAAGUGAUAUAUCAGCAUCAUCAUCAACAUCACUAAAGCUAUCUACAAAUUUAGAUCAGGAUUCAAUGGAUUACCAUUUAAAUCAAAUGUUGGAGACGAGACGACAGCUGCAAAGCUUUAGAGGUAGGAAGUAA